AUGGUUUUGAAAGUUUUAGAACUUUAUAGCGGAAUUGGAGGAAUGCAUUUUGCGCUAAAUGAGUCAGGCAUAAAGCAUGAAGUGGUGGCAGCUAUCGACAUCAACCCAGUAUGUAAUGCAGUUUAUAGACACAAUUUUCCUAAUACAAAACUCAUUGAAAAAUGUUUAACAUCGAUUUUCUUAAAAGACUUCAACAAAAUGUCAGCUGAUAUGAUCCUCAUGAGCCCUCCUUGUCAGCCAUUCACAACAAUUGGCAAGCAGAAAGAUGUCCAUGAUGAAAGAACAAAAUCAUUUCAGUACUUUCUCUCUAUCCUGCCUAAAUUUUCUAAACUGCCUGGAUACAUACUGAUGGAGAAUGUUAAAGGGAUUGAAAGUUCCAUAAUGAGAGGUGAAUUUUUGAAAGUUCUCAGCCAAUUAAAUUAUGAUUACCAGGAAUUUAUUCUAGAUCCAACACAGUUUGGCAUUCCUAACUCAAGAAGACGUUAUUAUUUACUAGCUAAAUUACAAAAUGUUAAUUCUAGCCUCCAAACGAGGCCAGAUAUUACGUAUAGUUUACUUAGGCAGAAUGACAACUCUACAACAAAUAUUUCUCAAACUGACGACAAAAGUGUGUUGAGACCGUUGCGAGACUUUCUUGAAAAACAACUGCCGGAGUAUUUUGAAAAAUUCCGUCUGCCCAAGAAGCUCUAUAAGAAGUAUUGGUUAAUGGAUUUGGUGUCAGAAAACUCAAAAUCAUGUUGUUGUUUCACCAAAGGGUAUGGACGUUAUGUUGAGAAGGCUGGGUCCAUUUUUCAAACUUCUCCAUCUGAAGUUGAUUUGUUUCCUUAUAAGAAUCAUGAAAGUGACGAGCAGUUUGUUGCUGAGGUAGAUAAGUUGGGUCUCAGGUUUUUCACGCCUAGGGAAAUUGCAAAUUUCCUGUGCUUUCCAUCUACAUUUGAAUUUCCAGCCAACUUGAAUAUACAGCAGCAGUAUCGGGUCCUUGGAAACAGUUUAAAUGUACAUGUCGUUUCAAUGUUAUUGAAAUUGUUGUGCAGUUGA